GCCCUCCCGUGACUGACCUUGACGGCGUUGGACAGCAGCGUUGUGGCAGUGGGGCCUGUCGCGGGCCCAGUCUCCAGCUGUCGGUCCGAGCGGACCAAGCCUCCCGUCGCUCCGACGACCCAAGAAGUCUCGGCGAAGCUUCCUCCUUCAAAGUCUAAACACUGGCGACAUGUCUCAGUUUAAAAAAUAAUCGGAGAUCGACACGUCGACCGGAGAAGAGAAGGGAAGAAGUGGUAAACCCCACCGUUUCGGCGAGCGAUUGCGAGACUUCUUCCUCUCGGUCCCUCCUCCGAUCGGCGAGAGAUAACGGUCAGAGAGCAUCCACAAUAUGGAACGUUGUCAUAUUUGAACGCCUAAAGUCUGGGUUUCUUAUAUGGGCAUAUAUUGCAAUAGAAAACUGAAGUAAUGAAUCAUCAGGAAGAGAAAUUUAUGAGGCUGCAGGACUGGAAUUCAGAGCGGUCCCUGAGUUCAGAGAGGACAUUUUCAGGGAAAAAUCGGAUAACAUGUGGUUCGGUAAUAAAGAUAAUUCAAAGAGGAUUUGAAUGGAUCAGAAACAUUUUUGGCUAUCAGUCUUUAAGUAAUCCAUCUACAGAGCAAAUAAAGUCUAGAAAGAAAAUUCUUGAUCCUCAAGGAUCAUUUCUUCAAAAAUGGAACAAAGUAUUUGUCAUAUCCUGUAUAAUUGCAGUGUCUGUCGACCCCUUGUUCUUUUACAUCCCAGUAAUCAAUGAUGAGGGCAACUGCCUUGAAUUGGAUAGAAAGUUGGAAAUCACAGCAAGCGUCUUGCGUUUCUUCACGGAUAUUUUCUAUAUACUUCAUAUCAUUUUUCAAUUUCGAACUGGUUUUAUUGCUCCUCCAUCUAGAGUCUUUGGAAGGGGUGUUUUGGUGGAAGAUCCGUCGGCAAUAGCCAAGCGAUAUAUAUCAUCAUACUUCCUAAUUGACAUUCUUGCUGUGCUUCCCCUUCCUCAGGUGGUUGUAUUGAUCAUCAUACCCAGAUUGAAAGGGUCAGCACUUCUCAAUGCAAAAAAUGUUUUGAUGUUUAUCAUUAUAUGCCAGUAUGUGCCAAGACUUGGUAGGAUCAUGCUAUUAUAUCUUGAUGUUACAAGAUCUGCUGGCAUAAUUACUGAAACAGCAUGGGCUGGGGCUGCUUUAAACCUUUUACUUUAUAUGCUUGCAAGUCAUGUACUUGGAGCAAUGUGGUAUUUACUUGCUAUUGACCGACAAGAUGCAUGCUGGAGAGAUGCCUGUAGCAAGAAUAAUUGCACUAUGGCCUCUCUAUUCUGUGGUGAAAAUGGAAUUGGAAACAAUAAUUUCUUGUUGUCUGCUUGCCCUGUAAUUCAAGACAAUGCAACUAUUUUUAACUUUGGAAUAUAUCUACAAGCUCUUCAAAAUGUUGCCCAGUCAAGGAACUUCUUGGAGAAGUUGUUUUAUUGCUUUUGGUGGGGACUCCAAAACCUGAGUGCUCUUGGCCAGAAUCUGGAAACAAGUACUUAUACCUGGGAGAUCCUGUUUGCAGUUUUCGUUUCCAUCUCUGGUUUAGUUUUGUUUGCACUUCUCAUUGGGAAUAUGCAGACUUAUCUGCAGUCCACCACUGUGAGGAUAGAAGAGAUGAGAGUGAAAAGGCGAGAUGCAGAGCAGUGGAUGUCUCACCGCUUGCUUCCAGAGAGCCUUAGGGAGCGAAUUCGUCGUCACGAGCAGUACAGGUGGCAAGAAACAAGAGGUGUCAAUGAAGAGAAUAUUCUGCGGAACCUUCCUAAAGACCUUCGAAGGGAUAUAAAGCGUCAUCUCUGUUUGAAACUUCUCAUGAGGGUUCCAUUGUUUGAAAAGAUGGAUGAUCAACUCAUGGAUGCCAUGUGUGACCGUUUGAAACCAGUUUUAUACACAGAAGGCAGCUGUAUUGUUCGUGAAGGGGAUCCAGUGAACGAGAUGCUAUUUAUCAUGCGAGGAAAGCUAGAGAGUAUGACCACGAAUGGUGGAAGAACUGGUUUCUUUAAUUCAGAUGUUCUCACGGCUGGGGACUUCUGUGGAGAAGAGCUUCUCACAUGGGCACUGGACCCUCACUCAGCCUCUAGCCUCCCCAGUUCAACGAGGACGGUGAAGGCAUUGUCUGAGGUGGAAGCUUUUGCUUUAAUGGCCGAAGACUUGAAGUUCGUUGCUUCGCAAUUCCGGAGGCUCCACAGCAAGCAGCUCCAGCAUACAUUCAGGUUGUAUUCGCAUCAGUGGAGGACAUGGGCUGCUUGUUUCAUACAAGCAGCAUGGCGCAGGUACUCAAGAAAGAAACUUGAGGAUGCUCUACACGAAGAGGAGGAAAGGUUGCAGGCUGCAAUGGCAGGCAGUGGUGCUAGUUCACCAAGCCUUGGUGCUACAUUGUAUGCUUCAAGAUUUGCAGCGAAUGUCCUGCGGACUUUGCGCCGAAAUGGAACGCGCAAGGCCCGCUUGCAGGAAAGACUUCCUGUGAUAUUAUUGCAGAAACCAGCAGAGCCCGAUUUUUCUGGUGAAGAGCAUUAGUGCAUAGUUUUUUUGCCAUGCAACCACAUUUUCACUAUAAUGCAUUAUCUCAAAAUGAAUGAUCCUAUCCAAGCGCUUGAUUUGUAUGGUUCCAUAGUGUGAAAGGAUAUGACUAGUCGUAUAUAACAAGGACUAAGCUUUGGGCUUGCAGCAUUAAAUUUUCAAUGUCAUGACCCAUGACGCUGUUGUUUAACUGGACAUUAUCGUCUUGGCAUAUGUUUUUUGUGUUCAAAGGUUGUUGGUAUACAAAUUGUGCGCCAAAAUCCCAUGACGGGGAGAUAUGGCUCAAUAUUAUUCGCAAAAUAUUAAGAAAAUGGACAAGAAUUUCAUUGAUGGA